AUGUACCAUACCCGAAAGGCCACCGAACGCCACGAUAAGGUCUACGCUUUGCUUGGUAUGAGCUCCGAUGAUCCCAGUGAAGCGGGGCUAUAUGUUGACUACACGAUUCCAUGGAGUCAAGUAUUUGACAGGCUGGUUAGAUAUGUACUUUCACAAUCGGUAUCUGUGAAGACCUGGAGCGAUAGGGAGCUGGCUGUUAUCGAGGGAAAGGGCCUAGUUCUGGGUGAAGUCUCCCCGGUCCAAAGAGAUCCGGCUUGGGAGGAUAGUCAGGAAGUGACAAUUGCCUGGAAGAAUGCAUAUGUUGAGCCUGGCAGAAUAUCGUCUUGGGCAGUCCAGGCCUCUGCAAAGAACAUCCAAGCAGGGGACAUUGUGUGCCUUCUUCAGGGAGCAUCAAGGCCCACUAUCAUCAGACUAUGUCAUCCUUACUGGGCCAUUGUCAUGAUUUCGGUACCUCCUACAGACGCUAUUGCCCGCGAUGGCAAGGGCAUCGAGUGGUCGGAAAUAUUACAGUCGGUCACUAGGUUCUCACACAGCUUUGUCUUUGUCUGGGACUGGGAGAUGCAUACAAAUGAGUCUCUUGGUGAUCAAGAAAGAAAGUACGAGGAACUCAUGGUCAAAGAAAUGCAGAAAGGCUUAAUGACAGAUAAGCUGUACAUUAUUGCAAUACUGGCGAAUAUUGGAUUCGUAAUGCAAGAUGUUGAAAGACAUGCCGAAGCUGAGGAGUAUGUCCGGAGAUCGUUAAGAAAAUUUGAGAAGACUUUGGAAAAUGGGGACAAGUCCAACCCAGCCUCGAACCCCAGAAGUGGUACAAAGGCUGGGGCAUACAUUGCAGCGAUAAUCGAAGCUCUUCUUGGAGUUGAGGGCGGUUGGUUGCCACUGAGAUGGGCGUCAGAGGAUGGAUACGACCUAACUAUUAAACUUAUACUUGAGAAUGUCAACCCUAACAUGGAGAAUGAGGCUGGUCGAACCCCGCUCUCUUGGGCAUCAAGUCAUGGCUACGAGGCUCUUGUUAACCUGCUUCUUGGAAUCGAGAUUGUUGAUCCAGAUGCCGGAGACGAGAAGGGAUGGGCUCCACUCCUAUGGGCAGCCAGCAAAGGACAUGAGACCAUUGUUAAGCUUCUUCUUGACACAAAAAGGUUGAUCCAAAUGCCAAGGAAAAAGGGUGGUCACGAGGCAGUAGUAAGGAUGCUCCUUGAUACUAACGCGGUGGACUUGAGCGCUAGUGCCGAGACUGGAGAAGCGUCUUUGCUGUGGGCCGUGAAGAACGGACAUGCAGGGGUUGUUCAACUGUUACUUCAAACAGGAAAGAUUGUUCCGGAUGCUGCAGAAGAGAGUGAGAUUGAAGACGAAAGCGGACGAACACCGCUCAUGUGGGCAGUAAACAACCAGCAUCACGAUGUUGUUAAGCUUCUUCUCGAUACUGGCAAGGUCAAUCUGGAGACUAGAGACAAGUGCAAGAAAACAGCCAUAUCUCUCGCCGCGGAAAACGGCAAUGACAAAAUUGUGAAGCUGUUGUUGAGUACUGGCAAGGCCGAUCCUGACGCAGCUGAUAAGGAUGGACGAACUCCACUAAGACUGGCGGCAGAGGGCGGGUUUGAAAAGGUUAUUCAGCUGCUUCUUGACACAAACAAGGUUAAUGCAAGUUUGAAAGACAAUCGCGGACGAACGCCUCUAUCGUCAGCCGCCAAGAACGGCCACGAAAGUAUUGUCGGUAUGCUAGCUGAGAGAAAUGAGCUGAGCUUCCAAGACCUGCAACGCCAGAUCCUAGCACCCCCCAAGCAUGAGGACUUUCUUAACAUCCGAGAUGAGGACUACUUUGACCAUCGAUGUCAACAACUGUUUUCAAAGGUUCAACAGUGGAUCCUACGUUUUUCAAAGUUUUCGGAUAUGCGCGCUGCUCGCUUGACAUCAGAAAUUGGCGACGAACAGAUUAUUGACAGGCUGGAAAACAUCAUACUCGAUGGGUCAGAUGUUGAUACAUAUCUCUGCGAUCGAGUACGUCGUCGCGAUUUGUUUACAUCCGUAACCAUGACUAUGCUCUGGGAGUUCGUCUUUACUCGCUACUUGUUUGGCCUGGAUCGAGAAACAAGACAGAAGCUCAAAAGUCUCGAAAAGCAGCUUGUCGGACCUCCCUCAGCCAUACGAAGAUGGCGGGCCACAACUCUGACACUGUUGUCUAAUCGCGACAGUGUCCAGAACCAGCGUGACCAUGACGCUAGAGCCGUAUCCGAAACUAUCUUCCAGACCCUAUGCGCCAUUCUCCCACCACCUUCCAACCUGGAAACUCAGCUUGUUUCGAGUCUGUGGCAGGUGACGAAAGAAGCAGUUGAGGUUUCAGUCGAGAUGCGCAGUCAAAAGGCAGAGUAUAUGAUGCUCCCACCCCUACAGCCCGAGUAUGAUGUAAAUGGUGACCUUGUAAGUUCUGUCUCUUUCAACGCUGCUUUGAUGAAUGAGCGUGGUGACAGUUCGGACUUUACUAAUGAGGAGUAUGAGGCUCAAGAUUCAAAAGUGAGGAUAAUGUUGUUUCCCUUGGUUGUGAAGAAGGGAGGGGAUUAUGGUGACGGCGAUGACGAGAUUGUUGUUUAUCCGGCUCAAGUGCUGGUAGCGCCAAAAAGGUCCGAAAAGAAGAUCGCCGAAGUUGGUUCCUGA